ACAUGGCUAACCCGUGGUGAUCGGCAGCGCUCGCGCUGGCGUUUUCUCGGCGCCGUUUAGAACAAAUCGCCGCUUCCCCGCUCUGCGAGCAAACAUGGAAGGUGUGCUGUGGAAAUGGACCAACUACUGGAACGGUUGGCAGCCGCGCUGGUUCAUCCUGGACAAGGGUAUCCUCACGUACUACAAGUCCCAAGACGAGGUGAACCAGGGCUGCAAGGGCUCGGUGAAGGUGUCGGCAUGCGAGAUAGUGGUGCACCCGACCGACAACCGACGGCUGGACCUGGUGAUUCCAUCGGAGCAGCAUUUCUACCUCCGGGCGCCCACGCCGUCUGAGAGGCAGCAGUGGCUGGUGGCCCUGGGUAGUUCCAAGGCGGCUACGGCAGCGGCUGGCAGCCACGCAGCGCAGCCAAUCCGACUUGGAGGUGGCGGGGGUGACCCUGAGGGCGGCCUGCGAGCCAAGAAGGCCGAGUUGCGGCUCUACUGCGACCUCCUUAUGCAGCAGGUGCACACCAUCAAGACCUCACAGAAUGGAGGGGAGGAAGAGGCUGCCAAGGCAGCUGAGGCAGCUGACCUGCUGCGGGCUACCUGCGACACCUUCAUUGCUACACUAGAAGACUGCAUGCACCUGGCCGACGCAAACUUCACCUACGAGCUGCCCCACCAGGAGGUUCGGGACUCCGCACUGCCACACGAGACCCCACCACUCGUCGCACCUGUGGUUCCAAAGUCUUUGCAGAGUGCCCACCCUUCUUCCCGACGCCGAAGGAAGUCCAACUCCAUCUCAUCUUCUUCGACUACACCUGGGGCUGCCUCUUCUGCAGUGUCCAUGAUGGAUAGUACCAGGCAGCAGCAUGGUCAACGAGCUGACCACAACACUGAUGCUGCAUUGAAUAGCCCCGGACUCAUCCCAUCCAGUGCGACAUCACCAGGUUGCACAUCGACUUCGUCUCUGUCUUCUGCUGCCACCAACCACGUGACGUCACCUGUUGAUCUUGUGCCAUUACCAGGCAGUGCAGAGCUUUCUGAUCACGAGUCCUCACCUGCUCUCAAUGGGUCCAGUGUAGCCUCAGUGAACCACCCUAGUCCAGUAGCCAAUGGAAACCUUUUGAAUCACCUAGGCCGGCCGCGCACCUUCUUCUCGGUGAUGGAGCACAGCUUCAACGACCUCUCUCCUGCCACUGGCAUUCCAACAGAACAGUUCCUGAACAGCUGCCGCUCCAUCUUAGCCGUGUUCGAUGUGCUUGGCUCGACGGCUUUUGUCCCAGUCAAGAUGGACAUCCAGGGCAACAUAGGCAAGCUACAAGCCAGGUACGAGACGGACCUGUCAAACUUCGACCAGCUCUUCGACAUGGUGCGGCAAGAGAUCGACUCGGGUGCCAACACCGCCCGCAACUCUGUGACCGAUGCACUGCUAUGGCUGUCCCGUGCACUGGCCUUUAUCCAUGCAUUCCUGGAGCAGAUCCAGUCGGGGAAUGCAGUCCUCGCGGACUGCGCCUCUGUGGCGUACGCCACCACCCUCAAGUGCCACCACGGCUGGGUGGUGAGGAGCAUCUUUGCCGUGGCGCUGCGAGCCAUGCCCGAGCUGGAACCGUUUAUAGAAGCCAUGGCUCCGUCAGCCGAAGACUUGCAGCACCCGGACUACCGGAGGCAGCUGUUUGCCGAUGGCGGAGCGUACGUGCAGGCCCUGCAGGAAGUGCUGGAUGCACUCAACAACUUCUACGUUCAAAACGGACUCGAGCCACCUGUUCAGAAAUCUUGAGCUCUUUGAAACCCUGUGCCCUUCGUGCGUGGGUCAACAGAUCAUCCCGUAAUCGAGGCAGGAGCUCAAGAUUUUUACAGCUGAGCAGGAUGCCAAUGCUGAACAUGCACGAAGAAUGGCAGACUGCAUAGUUUGACUGGUAGUGCGUGUGCAUGUGUGGGCAGGUUGCUUCUGCGUGCAUGGUUGUAAGAAUUUAAACACUGAGGCACUUUCCCUGGUAUAGUCAAAUCCCACCAGAGAAAGUGAGUUGCUAGUCCGUUCACCUGCUCGUCUAGGAGGUGCACUUUUCUAAUAGUGCAGGUAGUUAGGUGAAAUGACUUGUUGCCACUUGGCCCAACUUCUUAUAUUUUCUAUUAGUUUACGAUUCUGGCUGACUUGAGAUUCUUGACUCUAAUCGAUUUGAAUAUUACGAAAUAGUCCAAACUCGUCUGACAUGCUAAUACCCUGAUAAAACGUCAAGUGUCAUAAAAAUGAGGAUGUAGAUAAAGCAUUUAUUUGCAGUAUUGUUGGGCCAAUGUUCAUUAGAGUCAAUCAAGAACAGGCAGCAAAUAAAGACAAAAUAAGGGCUGCAUGCAAUAGACAGAGCAGCUUUUUUGUCAGCUUCUUUCGCUCUCUGUACAUAAGUGAAUAGAGCACUUUAAAAUUUAAGAUAGCCUUGCAGGCUUUUGUUUUUUCUAAAAUAAAUCCUCUCCACAUUUCACUGAAAGCUUUAGUUCCACUUGAAUGCAUUUAUAACAUGCCCUUCUUCAUUGUUUUGUGGACAAAAUGGUGCUCAGUAAAUGAGCCUUGCAACGAUAAAUUUUUUGUUUGGGCACUGUGGAGGUGACACUACGAGCUGAGCACUUGUGGGUAUUUUGAGAACUUUGUGAUUGCGUGGUACGACCAAGUUUCUUUUUGAUCUGACUGAGGUCCAAAGAAUUGUAUUAGUGCAUAUAUUGACACAGACCUGAGGGCAGUCUCAUGUUCUUAUUCACCGGCACUGGCUGUUCCACUUGAAAUUUCUUCGAAACAUUGUUUCCAUCAUUUACUAGAUGCUUCCUGAGUAUCGAGGGCUGAGCGCUCAAGGCGUGUUCUUCGUUCUUGUCAUUUCAAUGUGAAACAGACACUGCAAAUGUGUGGCUCUGCUCUCAAUAAGAUGUUAUUGACUGAAAAGCAUCCUUGCGACAGUUUUAAGCUAGAAUUCGCAUUAAAGGAGGUUGCGGUGGACAUCUAUUGUACCUGUCGGCCAGUCAGUCCUUCAAACCUAGCCCUGCGAUUCAGUUGCGUUCAUUUCUCGAAUAGCACCAUUUCCUACAAUCACUAGAGGCAACACGUGUGCUGGUAUCAAUUGGUCAAACAUGGUAAUGAUGGGUGAUGCAUGGAUUUGCCUAAGAAUUUCCGUUCUUGCUUCAAGCUGCUUUACAACUUUGAAAAGCGUUUUUUUCUUUUUUUUUCAAUGGUGUUAUAUCAUUAUAAAUGCAACGGUGUGCAAUUAAUUUGCAUGUAUGUAAAAGCUUCUUGUCCUCAUGCAUCCAUAGAGGAAAAUUUGGAAGUGAAAAUUAAUUAGCUAAAGGAGCACUGACAUCAAGUUUACUCAUGUCAAGAUUUUCGCGCCAACGAGUAGCUAUCAACCUUCUAGUAGGGAUUCGCGACCUAAGACGCACCUGAAGUAUGAAUGAAUAUCUUUAAUAUUGAUUUAUAUAUUAGUUAUCAAACGUGGUUGAAAAUGGGUCGAAAGCCCGCCAAAUUGUAGUGCUGUCAGUGCAACCUCGCAGCCACGUCGAGGUUGCUGCACAGCUGAUGCAGCUUUCACAAAAAAUGGUGACGUCACGCAUACUGGCAUUUCGUCUGCUAGGAGCGCACGUGCAGUCAGUCCAGCAGUGUCUGUGAUGAUGUACAGACUAAAGCCUCUCCGUGCGUUUUCUGCUGGCUAGGUUAAGUAGCGCCAACUCGUUCUUCCCCUCUCCCUUUAACCCCUGCCUCGAGAAGGGGCCUCAUAUUGCCAGUGAAACCCAACUCGUUUGCCAACACAGGAUUUACCCUGUAGCAGCUCGGUGCAAAGUGAAGCGAGCAAAUGCAGUUGUUCUUCUUAGGCGUCCAGUCCCUCUGUCCAUCGGCGCAUACGAAGUCAAUCCACUGGCUGCGUUGAGGUUCGUGGCUUGGAAAGGCAUGAAAUUUCACGCAAUUUCCGCUUUUCCCGCGCCUCGACAUGCAGGUUCUCACUGCGCAGUGGUUCCCCGACAUUCUGGCACGUGUUGUCACUCUGAAUGAUCGUACUCACGCUGUUGAGCACAUGUGAAAUCGAUCGACGCGACACGAUGAAUCGCACGCGCACUUCAACACAGCAAGGAGAGCCAAUAGUGAGGGUAUGGCGAGGAGUCCGCUCCAAACACACUCAGAUCGUCGAUGUCAAGUAUCGUCAUUCAGGAUGGUAUUUGUGGAAUGUAUCACAUCGAACACAUAGCACUAGUGCCGAUGUCGCAAGGGAAUCUAUUUUCAGUUUUUUCUCCGAAGCUUUUCUACGCUGUUUGUCAUCGAAUUAAAAUAACUUCCAUGCAACGGAUGCCAUUCAGAUUUGGCCAAGAAGACCUAUGCGCACCAAGCGCUCGAAUGAUGGGCAUAUCUCGAUCUUGAAAUUUGAUGUCAGUGCCACUUUAAAUCAAGUGCAGUAAAUUGGCGCCGCAAGAUUGUCUGAAGCAAAAAGCAUAACGAUAAUACUUUUCAGGUACCAGGCAUAACAUCCAUUCUCAUCAGAGACGAGCGUUUGGGACAUCAGACUUUCCUCUAGAAACUUGAAGCAAACUUCACAAAGAGUGCUGAUAAGUGUAGGCUCUGUGAUGUAGAUAGCGUUACAUUGGACAUCAAACCACAAUCUGGUGUGCGUAGGGCAUAAUCUCCGUGUUGCACACCUGUAAGAAGUUAGUAACCAGUGUUUUCAACUUUAGCCAAAAUAUUAGUGAGCCGUACGAUCUAAAACCAGCAUCAGCCUGGCAAACCUGUACAGUGUUUGUGCACAGAUCUCUCUUUUAUAUGUGGUUUGUAAUGAGUCAAUUCAAUAUUAAGUAGAGAACUGGAUUUUACUCCAGUGUCCUUCUGUGAACUUCGGAUAUGCUGUUUCCUCGUGCAAGACAUCAAAAGUGUGAAUUGAAAAAUUUAAUGGGGCUUGGCCCGACUUGUAGCCUUUAGUGAUGUCCCAUGAGUCAGCUUGUCAAUGUAGAGAUUUGACAGCUGCUGGUCCUAUGUAACCAAAAAAAUUAUGUUGAAUUGUUCGGUGGUUUUGGUACACUUCAUAGCAUAGUGGUGCUAAUUUUGCAAGCUUAAAGCGGUAGCUAUCUUAAAUGCAUGUUAUUGUUUUGUUUGUAAUAAUGUCGUCAUUGCAUUGUUUUACUUGUAGCCUCGUUGAUCAGUGAGCUGCUACAUCUCUGUGAAGUGUCCUUUAUCAGACAUCAUAAAUUGUGUCCAAUUCACAGUCUUCUGUAAUAUUAGGUUAAUUCUAUAAGUGAGUUAUUACAAUUUUCUAGUUAUUGCAGUGUUGCAGCAGUGACAGCUUAUGGACAUGCCACGUUGUGCGUUGCAUGUUAGCGCAUGCAUAAAAUAAUGAAGCAGUCGCCAUAAAAGACAGGAUUCACGAAGCUGAUAGCUCCUCGUAAUUAUUGUAGUUUUUGGAUCAACUUGCACUCUAAUACCUAUUUUUGACUUGCAAGCCCUGCGCAGGCUCCCGCCCUUAGUACCAAGCCCACUGUAUUGUCUUUGGCGUCACUUAUCAUUGUUUAUUUGUAUUUCAUAGCGCUUACGCUUUUCGGCAAAGUUUCCAAGAAUGCAUAUUUUACGUUCAGACUAUUGUUGUGAGACAGUGCAUUAGCCAUUCUUUUACACUUGCUGGGUUUUGUAAGGUUAUCAUUGCAUCCUAGUUUGUGGGCAUCAACUGCGUUGCCCUUCGAACUUCCUUUAGUUAUCGGAAACAUUCCUCUCACGUCGUCUGGCAGUGUGGUUGAUUUAAUUUCCGCUGCGGAAAGCAAAUCAAUCACGCUGCGUCACAUGACAUCCAUGACAUGCUUCAGUGUGUCUUGUUUUACAGCAACAUUUUGGCUGAAACUUCCAAUGUCGUCUCAAAAUGUUCCUCUUGAUCUGAUUGUUGCUUAUCAUUAUAAGUAUGCCAGAAAGUGGUAGAAGAGUAUAACGACAGCUCGUUGCAUCAGUCUUCAGCAUUGGUAAACUCUGCAAGUAUCGCUUGCCAUUGAUAAUGGCAUCUCGCAAUAGGCCACAACUCCUCCUACUGCUGCACGUUUGCACUUUGUGGUUGAUUCAAUGUGACUGAGCUCGCUUCGUCUGAGGGACACCAAUGCUGCACUGUUUCUUAUGUUGUAACGCAAACUGAAGUGGAACUGCACGAAAAGAUUUAAAGUGUGGUGCUAUUCCUCCAUAAUAAAUACAGGAUGUUCAGUAGCCAAGCUUAUCAUACUUUCGCAAUUAAUGAAGCUGGCCUUUAGUUCUGCAAGCUGUCUGCUUUCAGAGUACUAUUUGAGAAAAAAAGUGCAACCAGUGCAGUGUUGGUCCUGUUUUUUAUUUGUACCCUCCUAAGUCAAGGUAGCGUUGUGUUUGCAGUGAUGUGCUUUGUUUGCAAAAAAUUUGUAAUAUAAGAAUAUUUGAGUAAAGGUUUAUAUGUUUAUGUACAUAUGUACAAGCUGUGCCUUUGUAUUCAGCUUUUUAAAGUGUCAGUAGUUGCAUGAGAACCUUAUGCAACAUCUUGUCGAACGUGGCUGCUUUAGUCGCAGUUGAAAUAGUGCCGAAAUAAAAAAGUAUCACAUAAA